AUGAGUGCCGACGAGUUCCGCGACAGUGUCGAAAGCGGGGAGACACCAGUGGACAGCCAUGGUCGACUAUUGCGAAUAGCAUUCAUUUACUUGGAUGAAUCGUUAUGGGAUGGCAGGGGCGUGUUCGAGGUUGUUGACCAAAUUCACGCACGCGGUUGGUCGUUUGGCCACGGAGACCUGAAAUCCAACCGAACUCUGGAUAUAUUCUAUCUCGCCCAACUAGCAGCCGCCAUGUAUCGCUCCUCAGACCCGGACGAGGGUGUCUUCGCGUCAGCAGAUGACUUUGACGCAUUUUACGCAGAGCAUCAUAACCUACUCGGCGAGAAUGCGUGGCGAAAUUACUACUCAUCUGGUCUCCUUACAACGUCAAUCUCGGCUCGUUUCUACCGCCUUCCCGACUUGCAAGACCUGCCGGACUCAAGCUACCCGCUUGCACAGCCGCGCCACAAAGGAAACGGUCGCCUAUCAACCAAGCUUCCGCGCUGGGCACAUAACGUCGUGCGCACUCGGCGACGACAGCCGUCCCUUUCCGUAGAGACCAUCACCCAGACAGCCCUGGCAACUCUCGAGCAGACCAUCGCACACUUGAGAGAGUACCAUCCAAGCGUCCAGCCGUACUCGGAGACUCAAGCUCGCUUCUGGCUCAAGUACAUGAAGAUCGAUUCUCCCGGCGAGCCGUCAAAGGAGGCAUGGACUCACAACGAAUUUGGUAUCUCCGUCGCGCAGGGAGCUUUCGAUAUGUGGGCUUGGGAAGCGCACUACUCGCGGGACCGCUGGGAGGCUGUCAAUACGCCAUAUCUUGAACCGGACCUGGAUGGGACGCGAGAAAGCGAGGUCAACUGGUGUGGGUGGCCGGACGGCGGUGUGGGGGAGCAGGCGCGAAGUAGAGGCUGGGAGCCGGAGGUGGGCAGCGUGGAGGAGGUUGCAUUCCUGGCAGCUGUUGCGGUGAAGGAGACGGAGGGCGUCUCUAUGAGAGAUCUGAACUAUGAGAUGCGGUCGCACAUUCUUCUUGGAGUAAUGCGUACUGCUUUUGACGUCGAGAAGGCACAGGGGGUGGAAGAUCUCAAGCAGCGGCAGGUUGCUACGGGUAGAAAUGACGAGGCCAGGGCUGAGCAGUGGAUUCGAGAGGCGCUGGUGGUCACGGAGCCAUACUUGCGCGACAAGGACGGAUGGUCUGCUGUCGAAGAGCAUCGGGAUGAAGUCCUGCGGCAGAUUCUGGUGGAGAAUGGACAGCUGUUUGCAAGAUGGAAGCUCUCGGACUCUUCCAAAGAGUUCAACUUUGAACUGCAACCAAGGAACCAGAAUUAG